GCACCUCCGGCUCUCCAGUCUCUAUGGUACCAACUUCCGGCGCGCGCUACCCCUCGCGAGACUUCGGCGGCGCAGCAAUGGCCAGACCAUGCCGCGUCACUGCUCCGCCGCCGGCUGCUGCACACGGGACACGCGCGAGACGCGCAACCGUGGCAUCUCCUUCCACAGACUUCCCAAGAAGGACAACCCGAGGCGAGGCUUGUGGCUGGCCAACUGCCAGCGGCUGGACCCCAGCGGCCAGGGCCUGUGGGACCCGGCGUCCGAGUACAUCUACUUCUGCUCCAAACACUUUGAGGAGAACUGCUUUGAGCUGGUGGGAAUCAGCGGAUAUCACAGGCUAAAGGAGGGGGCAGUCCCCACCAUAUUUGAGUCUUUCUCCAAGUUGCGCCGGACAACCAAGACCAAAGGACACAGUUAUCCACCUGGCCCCCCUGAAGUCAGCCGGCUCAGACGAUGCAGGAAGCGCUGCUCCGAGGGCCGAGGGCCCACAACUCCAUUUUCUCCACCUCCACCUGCUGAUGUCACCUGCUUUCCUGUGGAAGAGGCCUCAGCACCUGCCACUUUGCCGGCCUCCCCAGCUGGGAGGCUGGAGCCUGGCCUUAGCAGCCCCUUUUCAGACCUACUGGGCCCCCUGGGUGCCCAGGCAGAUGAAGCAGGCUGCAGCGCCCAGCCUUCACCAGAGCGGCAGCCCUCCCCUCUCGAACCACGGCCAGUCUCCCCCUCAGCCUAUAUGCUGCGCCUGCCCCCACCCGCCGGAGCCUACAUCCAGAAUGAACACAGCUACCAGGUGGGCAGCGCCUUACUCUGGAAGCGGCGAGCCGAGGCAGCCCUUGAUGCCCUUGACAAGGCCCAGCGCCAGCUGCAGGCCUGCAAGCGGCGGGAGCAGCGGCUGCGGUUGAGACUGACCAAGCUGCAGCAGGAGCGGGCACGGGAGAAGCGGGCACAGGCAGAUGCCCGCCAGACUCUGAAGGAGCAUGUGCAGGACUUUGCCAUGCAGCUGAGCAGCAGCAUGGCCUGAGGGGCUGCCCAGCAAGACUGCAGCCUCUUCCUCCCUCAGAUCCCACCAGACCCACCAGGUGCCAUAAUAAAGCGGAUUCUAGA